AUGUUUUUGAGGCCUGCUGUGAGAAACGGCGCUUUUCGUUAUGCUAUUCAAGGUUCUUACUUGAGAGGUUCGACUUUGGCUCCCCAGUUUUCCAAAAACUCAAUUAUCACAAGAUUCUACUCUGACGCUGGCAAAGAUUCCAGUAACGAGACUGCGGCCCCAUCAGAAACCGCUAGUGAUGCCGUUGUAGGCGAGGAGCAGCAGAAAAUCCAGGAGUUGCAGGAGAAACUAGCGGCCAAGGACAAGGAAACUGCAGAAUACAAGGACAGAUUGCUAAGGUCGGUUGCUGAUUUCAGAAACCUACAGGAGGUGACCAAAAAAGAUGUUCAAAAGGCCAAGGACUUUGCGCUGCAGAAGUUUGCCAAGGAUCUUCUGGACUCAGUGGAUAAUUUCGGACACGCUUUGAACGCUUUCAAGCCGGAGACCCUCAAGGAGUCCAACGAAAUCGCUGAGCUUUACACUGGUGUGAAAAUGACCCGUGAUGUGUUCGAAAAGACACUCAAGAAGCACGGUAUCGAGAAACUCGACCCGCUAGGUGAGAAUUUCGACCCCAACAAGCACGAAGCCACUUUCGAACUUCCUGACCCCAAGAAGGAACCCGGCACCGUUUUCCACGUUCAGCAGGUCGGUUUCACCCUCAACAGCAGAGUGAUCAGACCUGCCAAGGUUGGCAUCGUGAAAGACCCUUCCAACUGA